UGUGUCCGUCUGUGCGCGUGUCGAAACUUUGAACGAUUUAUUGUGACCUUUUUUUGAAGUCGCGGCGGGGAGUCGCCUGGCGAUGACGUCAGCACGUAACACUGACAGCGGAGACGGUUGAUCAUUAAAAAAAAAAAAAAAAAAACUGGCAUUAAAAAAAUGAGGCUGUAAUUAUCGCCGUGUUUGAUUAACAAAUAGUGUGAAUUUGGUUUGUGGGCUCUGGUGUAUCGGGACAGAAAUCAAGACGUGAGCCGAAUUCCGUGUCGCCCUGCAUCUAACAAACAUCCAGCGUUAAAAAGCGCUGACCCCGCCGCCGACCGAGGAGCAGCUAGCUAGUUAGCUUAGCUUUCUUAGCUUAGCUUCACUUCAUAUUACUGCAGCGUUUGAACCAGUGAGGCGAAGCUAGCUAGCGCUGAGCGUUCUCAAAAUGCUAAAAACGGGCUUGUGCUGAAGAGCGAGAGGACUCCCCGCAGAUGUCAUAUCGGAGUGGGGUAAACUUUUAGCAUGUGAAUACGGUUUCUUGCCGCUUCAGACAGUCUUUGCCAUCUCAAAGCCUAUCUGGUGCUACAGACACAAUGUCGAGCCGAAGGAAGUCCACCACCCCCUGCAUGGUGCUUCCAUCAGAUGUAGUGGAACAGGAUCUGGAUAUGGAGACCCUUGCAGGGGAAGAAGGAGUGGAAAACGCUGCCGAAAUUCCUACAGAGGGCGUAGUUGUUCCCUUGGACAGUGAAGGAGAGCCUGAAGACAGUUUAAGCAAUGCUGCAGGAAAACGACCAAGUCAAACUGCUGUAGAGCUGCCACCAGGCACUGAUCUAACUGCUGAAGGAAGUGUUCAGGCUGAGACGGAGGACAGCGAAGACCCUUCCAUCACUGGGAUUUUUCUCAGCAAAACUCCUAUUAUGAAAAAGAAGCCCGAACCCAAACGAAUAGCCGUGUCUCUCAAAGGGGCAGAAGAGGGCGAUUCAUUAAUUGAAAGUGAAGGGGAUCUGGAGUCACUGGACGCAUCCUCCAUUCCAGCAGAUAUGACAAACCCAAUCCUUGGUGAUUCCACAAAACCUGGCAUGUUUGUCGGCAUUCCCAACCCAGCUCCUGCAGAGCAAAAGAAGCCAGUUGUGAACCCUGCUACAGUCCUUCCUGCUGGCCUCGCCCAGGUCCUGUCAGCCUUGCAAGCACAGCAGAGUGCUCAGGCUCAGCUCCUAAUUCCAGUGAGCAGCAUUCCGACCUACAAUACAGCCAUGGACACCAAUGCACUACUUGUGAACACGUACAAGAAGUUCCCUUACCCAUCUGUUUCUGAGAUCAUGGGCUUGUCAACCCAGACCAAAUUCUCAGAGGAGCAGAUAAAGAUCUGGUUCUCUGCUCAGCGUUUGAAGCACGGUGUGAGCUGGACGCCAGAGGAAGUUGAAGAGGCUCGAAGGAAGCAAUUUAACGGCACGGUCCACACUGUGCCUCAGACCAUUACAGUCAUCCCAGCUCACCAUCUCUCUGCCACUAAUGGCCUCCAGUCGAUCCUUCAGACUUGCCAAAUUGUGGGGCAGCCAGGCCUGGUUCUGACGCAGGUCGGCACCGCAAACAGCUUGCCAGGCACCACCCCUAUCACGCUAACUGUUGCAGGGAUGCCAAGUCAGAGCCAGGUAUCUAAGAUUACAACUAGUCAGACCAGCUCUGCUGUAAGUGAAACAAAGAGAGCUACGACGGUCCAGCCUCCAUCGCUGACUCCUCAGGAGAGCUCUGCCCUCAAUGCCGAUCACUUUGGCCUGCGCCCAAAGAAGUCGAAGGAGCAGCUGGCUGAGCUGAAAGCCAGCUACAUGAAAAACCACUUUGCCAGCGACGCUGAAAUCGCCAGGCUGAUGAAGCUGACCAACCUCACCAAAGGCGAGAUCAAGAAAUGGUUCAGCGAUACCCGUUAUAACCAGCGCAAUUCAAAAAACAACCACUUCAGCAUACCCCAUGAAAGCUCACGGGCCAACAACAGUAGUGCCACUAUUGUUAUUGACUCUAGUGAUGAGACGCCUCAAUCCCCAACACCAUCGCCCGUCAAAGAGAAGGAGACCCGCAAGACCUGGAACCCAUUUCCAGACUUCACUCUGCAGAAGUUUAAGGAAAAGACUCCAGAGCAGUUGGUGAUUCUAGAAGAGAGCUAUCAAAAAUGUGAUACCCCAACAGACGAAGAACUAAGUCGUCUGAGAGCUGAAACGAAGCUCACAAGGCGGGAGAUUGAUGCUUGGUUCACAGAGAAGAGGAAAACACCCGUCACCGAUUCAUCAGAACAAAAGAUGGAUGAGAUGGAUGGUAAGCCCUCUCAGAGUAAAGGUAAUCAGAGUCCAACUGGAGGAAAACGAUUGUCCAAGGAAAAGAUCACCAAGAAAACUCCGGAACAGCUUCAUGUCCUCAAGAGUGCCUUUGUACGCACUCAAUGGCCAUCUGCCGAGGAAUACGACCAAUUAGCUGAGGAAAGUGGGCUACCCCGGUCUUACAUUGUCAACUGGUUUGGGGAUACCAGAUACGCCUGGAAGAACGGCAAUCUUAAAUGGUAUUUCUAUUAUCAGAGUGGCAACUUAGACGGUCUGAAUGGCAACAAGGGCAGGAAACGGAGGAUUCGGAACCGAGGCUGGGGGAGGUCGCGCAGCAGGAGAGCCAGAAAAUCCACAGGUUCCGAGAAGUCCCCGCCACUGAAGUUCAAGACCGGAAAAGAGUUUCUUAAGGAGUACUACUUGAAGCACAAGUUUUUGAACGAGCAAGAUUUGGAUGAGCUGGUAGCCAAGUCGAAUAUGAGUUAUGAGCAGGUCAGGGAGUGGUUUGCCGAGGUUGCUCGGAAGGUGGAUAUUGGCGCGGAUCCCUUUGAAGACAACAUGGGUAAUGAGCAAGAAGAGGAGGAGUCAGAGGGGGAGAACGAGAUGGCGGUCGAAGAGCAAGGACCCUCCGUCGCCGGUGAUGAUUGCGAUGAGGAUGAUGAGGAUGAUGAGGAUACCGACGAUAGUGAUUCCUGGGAGCCCCCGCAGAGUGUUAGAAAAACUUUGUCAGGAUCUGAGGAACACUGAUUCAUUAGCUUUAUUUGCCUUUGGAAAUAAUAAAGGUUUGUGAAAAGAAUGACUGAGGAUCCGGUUACAACUUGCUGACUAAUCCCGCUUGCAUCGCUUUUACAUUUUUCACUUUCUUAUUCAAGCUUAUUGUUAGUGUUUGUUUUUAUAACAUUUGCAAACACAAAUUGAAGUUCGGUUCUGUCGAAAUUUAAGAUCUCUUUCACAAACUCUGUGUAUUUUCAGCUCUGUUUAUCUCUGAAGAGUAUUGCACACAAAAUGAAGAAUCCUGGCCCAGCUAGUCUGUACCUUCAGUUGUGCAAUUUGACUGUAAAAAAAAAAAAAAAAAAAGAAGAAGAGAUUUUAUGUCAGGUUUAGGGCUGAGUUAAUUUUUUUUUUUAAUUAAAAAAAAAAAAGAUCCUCCCUUUGCCACAAGGAGGGUCUGUGGUGCCAAAGUUACUUUAGCUGAAUGUUACAUUUCCCUGUUUUGUGAAAGAAAAUAAUUCAUUUAAGAAAAUGAGUGUAUGAUAUCUAGACAGAGUGUGAGAGAGAGCCAUGCACAAAAAAAAAAAAACAGGGCACUUUUGUUGGGUGUUUUUUAAAAAAAAAUAACCCUGCCUCUUACGCCAUCUAAUGGCAUCAAGUAUAAAAAAAAAUAUGUUGUAUGAAAUCUGUUGGAAUUUACUCUACAGUAAUAGUAAUAGGCAAAUCGUAUUCCUCUUCACUUAUUGGUCUACUGAGUGUAAUCUGAACAUGAAUACAGCACAACCAGUGAAGAUCUGUAGCUUUGAUUCCCAGGAGGUGCUCUGCCCUCAACUUUUCCAGGAUUUCGAGUCUCUCUUGGGAGUCUGGGAUUACAGACAACGGCUGCAGAAGACGGAGUGUUAUUAGUGCCUGUACCAAGGAGUGGGACUGUUUUUGUUUUUUUGUUGUUGUUGUU